AUGACUGAGAGCUUAUCCAAGCACAUUGCACUGCAAACCAGACAGAAGGAUAAGGGAUAUUGCUCUAGUCCGGAGACAGAUCAAACCAGGACCAGGAUACUAGAUAGUAUUACAGUUGAAUGCUACCCAGUCGACCCAUGGAUAUACUUACAGAAGGAGGAGAAGGAUAGUUUAGUGUGUUGCUCCAGUUCCCGUCUACGAGAUGUUUCCGUGACCUGGAGACUAAACCCAUCCUCAGAGUAUAUUCAGAUUCAGGAAGCUGAAUAUCGAUCUUACAGCGGAGACUUUCUGAAUAUAACAGCCCUAGCAGAUAUAUCUUGUACUCAGACUCCUAUAUUUACCCCUACUCAGGUAGAGAUUAUCUAUGAAAUCUCGGAGGGUUCUGUUCUGUUAACUCAAGAAAGGUUUAAAAUCAAGGUUGGAUCUUACAGAAACCUUAUCAUUAUCAUUUCCUCCUGCGUUGGUGGCAUUGCAGUACUUAUUCUCGCUCUUAGUACCAUUAUCUGUAUUCGAAGAAGAAGACUGAGAUCUGAGUUUCCUCCAGAUUCUCCUGUAGUGUUUCCUAACCUGGAGGAGGAGGAGCAUGAACCUGCGUCCUGGACGGAUGUAGAUCUUAGAGCUGAGAUAUUUCCUCCAGUAAACAGCAUGGUACAGAAUGGGUUCAGAAACCAGGGUUUUAUUUCUCCGGACGAGGAUUAUACUGAUAGUCUUGUACACAGCAAUAACUCCUUGGUCAACCAAAACUUCAGUGAGAUGCCAAUCUCAGAUUUUAUCUCAAGUUACUCCGGAGCUGUAUCCAACCCUGAACCUGAGUGGAGGGACGCUGAACUAAUCCCUCCAAUUGGUUUGGCAAGGGUUCUAGUCGGUGGAUCCGCUGAUCUAGGUGCUAGUCAACUCAGGGUUAAAGACGGAGAUAUUCUCCAGGUUAUAGGAUUAGAUCUGGGCUCUGGAUAUACAGCCGUCCGAGAUUCUAACAGAAAUACAGGAUUCAUUCCAACCUCAUCCAUAGAGAUUCAUUCAUGAUACCAUUCAUUCCAACUUCAUCCAUAGAGAUUUAUACAUGAUACCAUUCAUUCCAACUUCAUCAAUAGAGAUUUAUACAUGAUACAUUCAUUCCAACCUCAUCCAUGGAGAUUCAUUCAUGAUACCAUUCAUUCCAACUUCAUCCAUAGAGAUUUAUACAUGAUAACAUUCAUUCCAACUUCAUCCAUAGAGAUUUAUACAUGAUACCAUUCAUUCCAACCUCAUCCAUGGAGAUUCAUUCCAACCUCAUCCACAGAGAUUUAUUCAUGAUACCAUUCAUUCCAACCUCAUCCAUAGAGAUUCAUACAUGAUACCAUUAAUUCCAACUUCUUCCAUAGAGAUUCAUUCCAACCUCAUCCAUAGAGAUUCAUACAUGAUACCAUUCAUUUCAACUUCAUCCAUAGAGAUUCAUUCCAACCACAUCCGUAGAGAUUCAAACAUGAUACCAUUCAUUCAAACUUCAUCCAUAGAGAUUUAUUCCAAUCUCAUUCAUAGAAAUUCAUUCUUGAUACGAUUCAUUUCAACCUCAUUCAUAGAGAUUCAAUCAUGAUACCUUACAUACCAUCCUCAUCCAUAGAUAUUCAUUCAUACUAUACUGUAUCCAUUGAGAUUCAUUCAUGAUACCAUUCAUUCUAUACUGACAUCCAUGGAGAUUCAUUCAUGAUACGAUUCAUUCCAUCCUGGUUUGUAAAGAUUUAUUCAUGAUACUAUUCAUCCUAACCUCAUCCAGAAAGAUUCAUUCGUGAUACGAUUCAUUCAAAACUCUGCCAUACAGAUUCAUUCGUAAUACUGUGUAUCUGUCUAAAUUCAUAAUGAAAUUAUCAUAUUUAAUGCUCAAAUAAUAUUUGUACUAGUUAUUUAUAGUAAAAUAUAUAUCAAAUCUAUAUAAUAAAACGAGACUUUCGUUUUUAUA